AUGGCUUCACACUCUGACGUUUUAAAAAUGGAGGCCAAUGGAUCUCGUUUGAGCAAGCUUAUAAUAAAUAAAGGAACACAGGCCUUGAGAGAAACAUUGCAAUCUCUUAUAAAACCAUUAAAUUUAGCUGCUAAACUUCAUGAUCCUUCUACAAUGAAGAUAUUGAUAUCACUAAAACGCAAAGUCAUCUCUGAAGAGAAUUGGGAUCGUCUUUACCCAGCAGUUGGUUCUCCGGACGUUGAAAAUUUUUCUAUCCCAUUAUUGGUUAUCUUAUUACGAAACAUAUGUGGUCUGAAUCCACCAGCUACUGGAUGGUAUGGUCUUCCUCCCCAUUCGGAUUCUUCAAUCUCGUCAAAUAUUGCAAGAAUAAGGUUUUUCAGAAACAAAGUGAUUGGUCACAUAGCUACAACUAGUCUUAAUGACAGCAAGUUUGAAUAUUUGUGGAAAGAAAUAUCAAAAGCAUUGGUUGGUCUGGGUAUUCAACAAGCUGAAAUCGAUGAAUUAAAGUAUGGUCCACUCAGUCCUCAUGAGGCCUAUUACAGAGAAAUGUUGAAAGACUUGCAAACAACACCUGAAAUGGAUGUGCCAGGUAAAGUUUUUUCUUAUAUUGAUAUGCCUAAUGAUUUCUUGCAUGUAAAAAUUUUAGAAUUUGACAAACCUUUCAGGAAAACGUAA